CUGCUGCGCUGCACAGGGGACGCGCUGCGGGCUUUCCACACCGCCAUAAGGAGCUCUCCUCUCAACGCGAAGAACCAGGCGACGAAGGAGCAGGCCCAGGGAACCAUGCUUAGAGUUCUCACAUCUUUUAAAAGUAGUGAAAUAGAACAAGCAGUGAAUUCCUUAGACAGAAAUGGCAUUGACUUGUUAAUGAAGUAUAUUUAUAAAGGAUUUGAAAAGCCAACAGAAAAUAGCAGUGCAAUAUUACUUCAGUGGCAUGAAAAGGCAUUAGCAGUAGGUGGACUAGGUUCCAUAGUACGAGUUCUUACAGCAAGAAAGACUGUUUAAAAGACUAUUAACUUGAACCAAGACGACGAUCAGUUUUGGACUCGGACGAAGGAAUUAGCUGUAAUGACACUGUUCCAUCUUUACUGCAAUCUACUGAAACACUAUGGAAACCUCCUCUUGGAAUGCUUUUAACCUUAAAGGUGGGGGAAGAGUAAAGGUAUUCCUGCAUAUUCUGACUAUCGAAUACAGGAGCCAAGACAUUCUCCUGAUCCCUUCUUUAACAGGCAGAGAGAAGGCACACUCGUGCCUCCUAUUACUGUAAGUGAACAGGUAUUUUCAGAUGCCGCUUUAUGACACGUGGCGAUAAAAGAUCCUGUGUGUUCUACUUUAAGAGGUAGCUAUGUCCUUGGCAGAUGCAAGAUCCUGACGGGCAGGAGAAGUGUUUAUUAGAGUGAUGGUUUUGUACAUAU